AUGGAGAUUUGUGGGUAUGGAGGAGAGUACUGUGAGGAGCUGAGAGAGGAUUGGACCUUUUUCCUCUGGACGACGGUUGCUGUUCUGGUCCCAGUGCUCAUCACACUGUGGUGCAGCUUCCAGCGUCCUAAACGCAAAGUUCAGCUUAAAGAUCUGUUCCGAAAGAGCAAACACGGCUGGCACUACACGGAUCUGUUCAACAAGCCCACCUACUGCUGCGUGUGUUCUCAGCCCAUCCUGCAGGGGGCGUUCUGUGACUGCUGCGGCAUAUGCGCGGAAGAACAGUGCAUACAGAGGGCAGAUCGCAUCCUCUCGUGUAAGGAGAUCAUGACACAGAGACAGACAGAUGGGAGGUUUUACCAUCAAUGGGUCAGGGGAAAUGUGCCCCUCGCCAGCUACUGUGCCGAGUGCAAACAGCAAUGCGGGACUCAACCUAAACUUUGAGACUAUAGACCAGGACAACUAGAGCCCCAGAUACAGAUCCUCUGUAAAGACCUUGUCUCAGAGGAGCACCAGGACAGCUCUGUUAUCAUACCUCCAUAUUACCUCUAUCAAGUCAACAAGCUCCACCAAAGACACCCUGAUGAAUACAGUAAGCUUGCUGCAGGGUGUGGGAGCGGCUGGACUCCAGUUCUGGUCUUGUCAAACACAAGAAGUGGCAACAACAUGGGAGAAGUUUUGCUGGGAGAAUUUCGUACCCUCCUGAACCCCGUGCAGGUUUAUUUUUUUUUUGAUUUCUCUGAGCUGCCCCCCUCUAAAGCCCUGCAGCUGUGUGCUCUUCUGCCCCCGGGCACUGUGCAUGUUCUGGUGUGUGGGGGAGAUGGUACAGUAGGCUGGGUUCUGGAUGCCAUUGAUACCAUGAAGCUGAAGGGUCAGGAUCAGUUUAUUCCUCUUGUGACUAUCCUUCCAUUGGGAACAGGAAAUGAUUUAGCAAACUCUUUAGGAUGGGGAGCAGGAUAUGCUGGAGAGAUUCCAGUAGAACAGGUGCUCAGGAAUGUUCUAGAGGCUGAGGUAGUCAAAAUGGACAGGUGGAAAGUUCAAGUUGUCUCCAAAGGAAACUAUUUUUGUAAGCCAAAGGUGUUGUCGAUGAAUAAUUAUUUCUCAGUGGGUCCUGAUGUUCUCAUGGCAUUGAACUUCCAUGCGCACAGAGAGAAAACGCCCUCCUUUUUCUCCAGCCGAAUCAUCAAUAAGGCAGUGUAUUUCCUCUAUGGUACCAAAGAUUGUUUAGUGCAGGAAUGUAAAGACCUGGAUAAGAGGAUUGAGCUGGAGCUGGAUGGAGAGCAAGUGAAUUUGCCCAGUCUGGAGGGGAUAUUAGUGUGCAAUAUCGGCUACUGGGGCGGUGGCUGUAGACUGUGGGAGGGAAUGGGAGAUGAACCCUAUCCUCCAACACGUGUGGAUGAUGGUUAAUUAAAGGUGGUGGGGGUGUAUGGUUCGUUCCACUGUGCACAGAUCGAGGUGAAACUGGCUAAUCCUGUGAGGCUGGGACAGGCACAUACAGUACGGCUGGUGUUGAAGAGUUCUCGGAUGCCAAUGCAGGUGGAUGGAGAGCCAUGGGCACAGGGGCCAUGCACCAUCACCAUUACCCAUAAGACCCAGGCUCUCAUGCUGUACCAGAGUGCAGAACAGACAGAUGAUGAUGACUCCAGCACCUCAGAGUGUGAAGAACCCUCAGCUGAUCACACUGACACGACUGGCAACACACAGGAAACAAUGACAGAGUCUUAGUAAGGCUGUAACAACUCUGUGGUAUUUCUAUCCCAGAAAGUAGCACAGCAUAAAAGGAAGACACCCUGAUGUGUAAAUGUUUGAUGUUAUAAACAUAAAUGUACGUAAUGUGCAUGUGCAUGUGCUGCUCAAGUAAUAACAUCUGCGGUGGUUAUUUCUGAGUUUAAAAUCCCCUUCUCUCUCAAGCACAUCUUGAAGAUGUUUGUCUCUGACUUUGGUUUUGUAGAUUUGCGUGCAUAGUUUUCAUGUAUUUUUUUCCUGCAAGGGAGUUCUACCCAGAAGCUCUAAGAAGUGGCUCAGGUUUUAGCCAUUUAGACCACAAUGGAAUCAUAUUCAGCUGUUAGCAGAGCUCAUGCAAUCAUAAAACAUAAAAUUCAGUCCAGUGGACAAUGUUACAAACAAAGCUGCUUAGACACA